AUGAACCCUGGAUCAGCAAAGAAUGGACGGGGGGCCAGUCGGCAGGCCCCCUCACACAACUCUUGGGACCGCAAUGCCCCUCGGGAUGUACAUCGCAAUGCGGGAUAUCCUGUGCCGUCGCAGUAUACUCCUACGCAGAGCAUGAACUCGAAUUUUGGAUAUCAGCCUCCACAGGCUAAUCAAACGCCACCGGCCUAUCAAUCUCAUGGCUAUGCUCCUGCCAUGCCACAAUACCAACCACAAAUACCUCUGGGACAAGGCCAACAAUUCGGUGCUUUUAAUACUUUGCCGCAAAGCCCAAUGAGCAUGGAUCAAACUUUCUUUCAAAUGGCACAGGCUAUGCCCUGGAUGAACCCUGGCUUUGAUAGCGGGAUGCCAUUCCCACCUUUUCCUUUCCCUGUCGAUAUGAAUACCCCACUACCCUUCCAAAAUACCCGAUCCAUGAGCACGAUGGCCGGUGGCACGGGGCAACGGUUCGCGUCCCCCCAAAGACAACGCUCGCCAACACCACCAGUCAAAGUCCCGCUUCCAACACUGCAAUACACAAACCAAGCGUCAUUGAAGCCAGAGAAGACAGAAAAGCGACCACUCCUUGUCAUCCUCGAUCUCAAUGGCACCCUCAUUUACCGCAAGCUUCGCAAAUUCCCGCCGAAAUUCGCCAGACGCACCGGCCUAGAUGAAUUCCUAGCCACGCUAAUCAAAGACUACAAAGUCAUGAUCUGGUCCAGCUCCCAACCGCAGACUGUAGAUGCAGUCUGCGAGCAGAUCUUCCCAGGUCCCAUGCACGACGCCAUCGUCGCCCGCUGGGGACGCGACAAGUUCGGCCUGACCUCCGUCCAAUACAACAAAAAGCUCCAGGUCUACAAGGAACUGCACAAAGUCUGGGCGGAGACAAAUAUCCAAGGCGCAUUCCCAGGCAACGAGCAUCUAAAAGACCCCCCUGCCUCAUCACCAGGCACCAAUACACCGCACAAGAACCGCAAGCAAAGGCUUCGCGAUGCCGAGGCCGCAAAGCUCACCGCGGGCCACCGCUGGGACCAGACCAACACCAUUCUCAUCGAUGACAGCAGAACUAAGGCUUCCAGUGAGCCGUACAAUAUCCUUGAGAUCCCGGAGUUCAGCAAUGAUCCCAAUAUCGAUGAGACCGAGCUCUUCAAUAAGGUCCUUCGCCGUCUCGAUUAUCUCGCCCACCACGACGACGUGAGCAAGGUCCUCCACGCCUGGAACGAACGCGUGGAAAAGGGCGAGGGAACUAUCCUUGAUUUGGAUAUCGGCCUCCACGAGGAUUCUGUCGACGACGAGGACGGCGGGAUUAGUCUUCUCCCAACGCAGUUGAACGCUUCAAAGCAGCUGAAUGCCGGCUCUAAAAGCGAUCCCAUAACGUUUGAUGGUUCGAGAGAUGUCCCUGCUCCUACAACUGCCAAGUCCAAGAGAAACAAGAAGGUCAAGGCUAGAGCCAAGGCGAAUGCCGCAAUUAUAAUAGCCCCGAACACUGCAGCUACGGGACCCGCAACCGCCACUACUGCAACCCAGCCAACGCAAUCCCAACAGAAAACAGAAGCGCAAAACGGGGAAAUCCCAAUGAGUCGCAAGGCGCGCAAAAGAGCCAAGGAUGCCGCGGCCGCGGCGGCUGCCGCCACCGCUGAAGCUAAAUACCAGGAGCCCCACGGUAUUCCCACGCCGAACGUUGACAAUGCAGCGAGCAGCCAAGUCGUCGCCAGUAUCGAGCCAAACGUACACGAUUACCCAAUUGGCAAAAAACCGAGUCGUCGAAGACAAAAAGGCCUCGCCAGAAGGGCUAAGUUGGAGGCUGAUCCUCCUGUGGGUGAGCCUGUACAGCACAGAUACAUCUUCCGGAAUAGGGAUGUUGCUGCUCCUCCUGAAGCUGAAGCCGAAAAUGCUUCUGCUUCUGCUUCUGGCCCUGGUUCCGGGACGGUCUUCGGGUCCGCCUCUGCUACUGCCCACGCUGCCAAUGCUGCAAAGAUCAUAACAAGCGGAUUAUCUCCUGAGUAUCUCCCUCCAGAUGCGGAUCUGACAGUAGGAAUGCAAUUGGACGUGGACGCGUAUGUUCCGCCGGAAGUCAUGACCACGUCGGGAGCUAAGCAUGGCCGGUCCCCGUCACCCGCUUCAUCGGUAGGGUCGAGGAACUCGCUGCUUGAUCGUCUGGAGGAGGGCCUUGGGAUUGGGAAGCGGUGA